CCCAGAUUGUUGUGUUUCAUCUCUAUGGAUCCCUGGAUUCCUCACCCCAGUGCAUGGUGGUCCGAGUCGACACCGAAUUGUGUAAGCUCUUCGCAGGGACACCGAGGCCAGUCCGACUCGGAGGGCGCUUUAUCAACAAUAGACUGCCGUUGAGCCACCAUUUCAUUGCAGGCAUCUCGGCUUUCUUUCGCGCAACCGUUGUUUCUUGUCUGAAACAUUCAUCCCGAGGUAAUGACUAAAAACGACGCCCGACAAAGGAUUCAGCAGUUUGACCUACAGCCACUGGAGCUCAUCGCGAGACUAACAUUUCGGCCUGCCCUCUGUCAGCCCCGGGCCUGAUCUACCUCAGAUAGGGGCGUACCACUCGUCCAUAUUCAAGGCUUUUCGACGCUUGACAACCUGAGCUCUCGGUCAGAUACGGCUGUCGUGUCAUUUGGAUAAGAGCCUCCAGCUCUAUGGCCGAAGUACCUGAAUAAGACAUCAUACGGAACGGAUUCGGUCAUGCUUUUUGCAAAUGCAUAAAGGGGGCAUAUCCGAAACAUGGCGACAGCACAUCUCACAAUCUCCCACAUAACGCGAACAUACACAUAACCUCGGCAUGAGCUCCUCCGACAAGCAGAUCACGCUCUACUACAACAAACUGAGCGUCCACGUCCAAAGGGCGUCGAUGGUUCUCGAAGAGGCCAAAGUCAAUUACAAGAAGUACCCGAUCCAGAUAUUCGCCCCCAAGCCCGACUGGUACCUCGAAAAGAUCAACCCCAGGGGCCUUGUACCCGCCAUCACCUACGGCGGCCCCGACGUCCCCGGUGACCAACCUUCGCCCGAAGCUACAGUGAUCAUCGAAACAUCCAUCAUCAUGGAAUUCAUCGCGGACCUACAUCCCGAAGCCAAUCUGCUGCCCAAAGACCCCGUCGAGCGCGCCAAAGUCCGCCUGUUCAUAGACACGGUCAACACGCGCUUCGCGCCGACGUUCCUCGGCUUCGUCGCCAACGGCGACUCGUACCAGACCGUCCUGGAUGGCGCGAGAGCCGUGCAGAAGCUGCUCCCCGACUACGGCAAGUGGGCGAUCGGCGACCAGUUCACGAUUGCCGAUAUUGCGAUCGCGCCGUUCGUCUCGCGCAUUGAGCUUGCGAGCACGUGCGGUGUCGGGAAGUACGCAGCGGGGGAGGACAGGCUCGUGUUGGACGCGUUGAACUCGCCGGAGUUUGCCAAGUUCAAAGCGUACAGCGCGAACUUGCAAGAGCGCCCGAGCUUCAAGGCUACAUUCGAUGGGGAUUAUAUCAUUGAUGAGUUGAAGAAGCUCCUCGUUUGAGGGUGGGGUAAUGACGAGUACGAUUGAUAUUUCUUGCUUUUGUAAAGACAGACUUUGCACGGAAUAAACCAGACAUGUGCAUGCCGC